AUGCCGGAGGACAAUUCAGUAAACAAGUCUUUAAUACGUGACAGCAUGAAGGUCUACCUUGUUGAACCUGCUGUUGGGCUCUACGCCUUUUCCUGCUUCCUCAGCUUUCCCCUGUUACAACAGUUUAUCUACCGCAGACUCUGGGAGGAUAUAACUAACACAACUUACCCUGAGUUUGACAAUGUCACCAGAUGCGGAAAGAACUCCAGCAACAAUGAGACCAACUAUCACGAGGAGGUUCAGAGACAUGCAUCCUUAUUAUCCCUUUACUCCGAACUGUUCUCUGCCAUUCCGAGCUUAAUAGUUACCAUCCUACUUGUAGCUUACAGUGACAGAGGAGGACGAAGGAUAGCUAUGAUGAUGCCUGUGAUUGGGACUAUUUUGUACAUCUUCUUUGGAGUGAUGGCCUUCUCUUACUGCAAAAUGCCUCAGACCAUCAUGGUCCUGUUGGGAUUCCUGUCCUUCAUAGUGGGCAUGGUCAUGGUGUCCUUCGCCAAAACAACUGAACUCAUGUUUUUCGCAAGAAUACCCAUGUUUUUGGCUGCUAUGCCCUUUCCAGUCAUUCGCUCCAUGAUGUCAAAGAUAAUCUCAAAGGCCAAGCAGGGUGCGCUGUUUGCCUGUAUAUCCUGCACAGAAAGUUUAGCUGGUACCGUAUCAAUGGCAGCUUUUAACAGUAUUUAUGCAGCUACUGUUGCUUGGAACUCUUCAUUUGUUUUCUUGCUUUCUGCGGGACUUUGCAUGAUUCCGUCAAUAAUAAUUGGAAUUUUGAUUGUGAUGAGAGUGGACUUCAGCACAAAGGAUAAAGAGGUUCCUAUUGAGGAGAAGGGUCUAAUCCAGGAUCAGAAUGACAACCCUGACACUAUAAACUAA